UCAUGGAGACACUCUUGAAAUUCACUCCGCGCCGUUCUUUAAGUUUCUAUUUUCCUCGCUAACAGAAAGAAAAAGAAAGUCGACUACUCGUGUAGCGGAUUGCGCCUUUGCCUGUACCGACACGGACGUCGCAGUGCCACGGUUUCCGUUCGUGAUACCGCAUCGGCGAGUACCUCUAAUCGAUAAGGUCUCGAGCCUAGCCCUGCCGAAUGCCACACGCUCGAUGCGUUUCCCCGGAAGUGUGUAUCGGUCUCCUCUCUCCUCGGCCGUCGAGGUUUUUUCCACACGACGACGGUUCGAUCGGAACGAACAAAGGGAAUUGAUACAUCGCGAAGGAUCAUCGGAUCGCGAAAACUCCGUUCUCUUCAGAACGCGUCUUCUCGGCUCAGGAAACGUUAAAAUUGAAAACUGGCUUUCAAGGCUCAUAAAGCAGAAUUAUGCGGCGCAUAAUGCCGACCGGAAUUCUUUAAUAAGAUCGAGUUCGACGUUAUUGCACCGGCGCGGCGGCGCCUAUAAAUAUCCCUUAAACGUAUGCGUACCUUAAGAGGGCAAUAUUCCCCCGAAAACGAGGGAACCGAACUUUUCGAUUUCGAUCGAAUCUCCUCGAUGGAGAGCUUCAUCCCGAGAUAGAACUAAUAUCCCAGAAAAUAUUUCAAACAUCGAUUUUGUCCAGAGAAUUCCGGUCCGCGUUCCAGUCGGGACCGCGUGCCAUCCCCUUUAAAAGAAAAAAAGGGGAGAGGGGUGAAGGAAAAAUGACGGAGGCGCAUAAAAUCGAAUGCUUGUCCGAUCCUGCGAAAUCCUUCCGCGAUCUACCCCCGUUCGACGACCUUCCGACCAACGACCAUCUUCUAAGAGGAUAACGAAAUUUCUUCGGAGACUGUGAUCCGAGUGUCAAUUCGGCGACGAUCGUUUCAUUUCUAUAUCCACUCGAAUAUCGGUGAAGGUGUACGCGAGCGAACAUAUCUUGCCUUUGCGUGAAAAUAUCUACCGGAUCUGGUGCUUCGCGCGGUGUGAUGGAGUGUUUCAUGCCGCAUAUCGUUCGCGACGAAAGAUCCGACACCUGGUGGAUUUCCGUUCGCGCGACGAAGUUGAGGACAAUAGAUUCGAGGAGAUCGCGACGACGGUCACCUCGGAGAAAAUCGUCGAGGGAACUAGCCACGAUCGACGCAACUAAAUAGAUUUCAAUUAUUCGUAACUGGCAGUUAGUAGAUACGAGAGUCGAGGGAGACGCUUUAUUCCGAAAGGCGACAAAGGUUACAACUUGCGCGCGAGAUCGGGCGUCGAUGGAGCACGAAGGAGAUUAGAAGACCCAGUCCCCUCUUAUCUCCCUAUUUCUCUUCCUCGCCAUUGGUCCGCCGUUAUCAGCAGGCGAGCUGACAAAUGCGAACGACAGGCCGCGUUAAGAUACCGUUCGACAAAUGAGAGUCACUGUACGGUUGCGGAAUUGGGUGAUCCGGUAGGAAGAAGAGAACGUUCGAAAAAAAGGAUCCGAGAGAGUGAAUCAAAAGGGGACGGGGCAGGAUGGAGAAGGACAGUACGAGACAUUACAGAGCGUACGAGGGCUUCAAGCCCGCGAACAAUGGCAAUACAUCGUCCUUGAAGCGGUCGACGUCGGAUCGCUCGAAAACACAUCCAUCGAGACAAGUGAGAUGCCUGUGCUUCGGCGGUGUGCCGGACAAGGCCAGCCACCACUCGUUCCUCAAGGGUUGUAUUAUAAACCUUGGCAUUUGCGCCCUGCUCGUCGCUUACAUUUUGCUCGGCAGCUUCAUCUUCCUCGCCAUCGAGGGCGGCGCUACCGACGACGUUGAGAUACAACAAAGGACACUUGCCACCACAAUAGCCGGGAAUCAGCCCACCAACAACAGACGGAACACCACCGCUUCGCUGAAGCAGGUGAGCUUCGAAGCCCGAUCGAAAACCGUGGAGAACAUAUGGCUAAUCACGGAGAGUUUGAACGUCCUUUACCGUGAGAACUGGACAAGGCUGGCUAUCCGGGAAAUCGAACGUUUCCAAGAUCAGCUGGAGAACAUGGUGGCCACGCAGAAUACCGGGACGUACGUUGCAAGUUCUUCCAGCGACCCGGUGACAGACCGACAACCGCCCGGAUACGAGUGGAACUUUGCCAAAGCGUUCCUCUACUCCCUAACGGUGGUCACAACAAUCGGUUGCGGUAGUAUAGUACCGAAAACAACAUGGGGCAAGGUAGCAACCACGGCUUACGCCAUCCUCGGUAUUCCCUUGACUUUGGUUUACCUCGCAAGUGCCGGAGGCCUUUUAUCCAGGUGUGCGAUGGGCGUUUUUACGCGUGCCCUCUGUUGCUGCCUUUGUUCUAAUUGCGGCUAUUGUUGCUACGAUGAGAAACGAAUGGAGGAGAAAGAGAGGCGGAUGAGGAAGAAGAGACAACAGGAGGAAUUGGCGCAGCAGCAGCAGCAACUGCAGUUGCAGGAACCCUUUUACGUCCGGGCGAACGCGUCAACGUUUACGAGCACAGUGGAAAUUAAGACCAGCCCGAAGGACGAGGUGUCGAGUCUUGGUUCCGGUGACAGACCCAAUGUCACCAUACUCGCACCAAUCAGCAUUUGUGUGGGCGCGAUGCUCUGCUACAUCGUCGCCGGGGCUUUUACUCUGCACAAGUUAGAAGGCUGGUCCUUUAUGGAUGCGAGUUACUUUUGCUUCAUGAGCCUGAGCACGAUCGGGUUCGGCGAUAUGGUACCCGGUUCCUAUCCGCGGCAGAGCCUGUACGAGACGCGGAACGUGACCAUUUGGUUCUGCUCGUUCUACCUGAUGUCCGGGAUGACAUUGACGGCGAUGUGCUUCAACAUACUUCACAUCGAGAUCGUCCACAGGCUGAGCCAUCAACCGCUGAGCCAUCAACUGGAAAAACAGGAGCCGGUGAAGGCCAGUCCGAGCGUCGACGAAUUGAACGGCACCGAGGAGAACGAUAUCUGUGGAACGGAACCGCCGACCAGCUUGUUCGCCCACGAGAACGAAAUCAAUAUCCUAAAGGACACUUUCAAUCAGGUAGACGUGACUAGGGACUGCAAGCCGAUCUUGAAGCUCGAGGAUCACGUGCCGUCGAUUCCUGGUGCGUACAUGUUGCCGAAGGUUGACGAGGAAGCCGAGGAGAACACCGAGAUGUAGGACUUUAUCCUCUCGUACGUUUGAUACAGGUAACGGAAGUGAAGGAUGAAUAUGUGUGUUAGUGCGGUGGGACAGAGACGCUCUCCUUGUGGGAUACAAACAGUGCCCGAAUGGAUAAAUAUCCGUACAUGUUACAAAGAGAGAGGUAAUCGUUCCAUUGCUAACGUAAGACAGUGCGCGUUUUAACGUACGAUGAGAGAAUUGAAUAAACACGUAUUAUUUUGUGUUCAUCGUUGAUAUUGAGGACUGAUCUCGUUGGAAAACGGUAACUGACAGCUUUUAUAUGUUUUUUCAUAAGGUCUCUUUUUUAACGGGGAACCGAUCCUUCACGAAUUAGAAUUCUUCGAUCUGAAAA